AUGGCUGGGUCAUGUAGUGGCGAGUUGAGAGGGCCGAUCUUUAACGGCGAUAACUAUGAAUUUUGGAGUAUAAGGAUGAAAAUCAUCUUCAAGUCUCAUGGGUUGUGGGAUUUGGUUGAAAAAGGAUUUGACAGCACAGAUUUGAUGAAGGCUGAUGAAUCUGAUGCAAAGAAGAAAGAAAAAGAAGAAUCAAGUGGUGCUGGGAAGAUGACUCUCAUAGAGGUACUCAUGAAGGAUGCUGAGGCUCUGGGACUGAUUCGAGGAGCAGUUUCAUAUGCGAUAUUUCCUAGAAUUUCUCAUGAAGAAACCUCAAAAGGCGCAUGGAACAUUCUACAGCAAGAAUAA